AUGGAAGUCUUUUCACUUUUAUUUAUAGAGCAUACAGAAGCACCGGAAUCAUUCCCAGCAUAUUCUGGCCUGAAGUUCUGUGCAAGUAGGAACACAGACAGAAUUCAUGUCUACACAGUGGAUGGGGAGCCUCUGAAUUGUAACUUCAUUCCGCUGGAUAUAAAACUGGAUAACUGGGAAAAUUUGCCAGCGUGCUUUCAACAAAAACAGAACCGUUCACUGAUACUGAGGUUUGUAAGAGAAUGGAGUGGUCUAACAGCCAUGAAGCAGAGAAUUAUCAGGAAAAGUGGCCAGCUAUUUUCUAGCCCCAUUCUUGCUGCUGAAGAGCUGUUGUCCAAACAACAAGCCAAGCUCAGCAGUACCAAACGGUACGUAACAAAAGAGGAUGUAGCGAAAGCUUCACUAAAGAAGGCUGACAGCAUUGGGGGCAGUGUUCGUAUAGUUACUAAAAAACCCACAGUUGCCUUAAAUGCCCACACUGCCUCUGCUGGGGAAAAGGACAACAAUUCUACAAAGUUGGCUUCAGAAGAUGGGAACUGCCCAGCCCUCAUAUCAGACUCCAGUCAGGCUGAUUCUGUUGAGGAACCCACCUUAGGCAAAGGCUACUUGCAAGCUGUAGAUAAUGAAGGAAAUCCACUUUGUCUUAGCUGCCAAAUGCCAGCAGUCCAGAUUGACCAGACGUCCACCUCAACUGCCUGUGACACACGGUUUUGUUCUCAUAAGUGUCAAGAUGACUUCUUAUUUCGCACUAGCCAAAGCUACUUGAGAACUAAAGUAUUUGAGACAGAACAUGGGGUUUGUCAGAAGUGUGGUCUGAAUGCCCAGGAACUCUACCUUUGUGUCAGAGAUGCCCCAAAGAAUCACCGUAAAAAUCUUCUGGAGAGCUCUUGGAUGUCCAAGCUUCCUUUAGCUCAGUUAAAUGAAAUUAUACUGAACCCAACUGAAGGUCAGUUCUGGCAAGUGGAUCAUAUCAAGCCAGUUUACGGUGGAGGAGGACAGUGUUCCCUAGAAAAUCUUCAAACACUGUGUACAGUUUGCCACAAGGAGAGAACAGCAAAGCAAGCCAAGGAAAGAAGUCAAAUGAAAAGAAAAUCUGUAGCUUCAAAGUAUGGAUCCGAUAUUACCAAUUUUUUUGUGACAUUACGAAGUUAAGAUAAUUCAGAGGCUUAUGUAUAAAAAUCAACCUA